UAGCAAAGCCAGCCAGUCCUGGCCCGCUUUCCUCCCCUCAUUCAAAAAGGGCGGCGACAAAGGCCAAUCAAGACGAGGCAGGGCGUCUUUCGUCCGGUGAGUGACGUGCCGCGUAGCCACUGAGGAAGAGCUAGGCCUGGCGAGGUGGGCGUGUGCGGCGGCAGAGUCGGCUGGUGAUGGCGGAAAGAGGAGGAGGAGGAGGAGGCGGUGGUGGCGGCGGCUCUACUGGUGGCGGCGGAGCUGGAGGGGGCGAAGGGGACGCUGGGGCAGCAGAGCGCUACAACAAUGAGAUCAGAAUGGCUCAACAGCAAGCACUGAGAUUUCGUGGUCCAGCUCCACCACCAAACACUGUCAUGAGAGGGCCACCACCUCUUAUGCGUCCUCCUCCACCAUUUGGUAUGAUGAGAGGACCGCCGCCACCACCACGGCCUCCUUUUGGACGUCCCCCGUUUGAUCCAAAUAUGCCUCCAAUGCCACCUCCUGGAGGAAUUCCUCCACCUAUGGGACCUCCUCAUCUACAGAGACCACCUUUCAUGCCUCCUCCGAUGGGUAAUAUGCCACCACCUCCUGGUAUGAUGUUUCCUCCAGGGAUGCCACCUGUCUCUGCUCCUGGAACACCAGCUAUGCCACCAACUGAAGAGAUUUGGGUAGAGAACAAAACUCCAGAUGGCAAGGUUUAUUACUAUAAUGCCCGAACACGUGAGUCAGCGUGGACCAAACCUGAUGGAGUGAAAGUUAUUCAGCAGUCUGAACUAACUCCAAUUCUAGCGGCCCAGGCUCAGGCCCAGGCUCAGGCUCAGGCCCAGGCCCAGGCCCAAGCCGUGGCUGGCUCCACACCUACUACUAGUAGUCCUGCAUCUGUAGUUUCUCCAUCUACAUCAUCAAGUAGUCAGUCCUCUACAACAUCUACUGCUACUACCACAGCAACAUCUGUUUCUCAGACAGUUUCCACACCUACAACACAAGACCAGACUCCCAGCUCAGCUGUUUCAGUUGCCACACCUUCAGUCAGUGUUUCAACCUCUGCUCCUUCUGCUACGCCUGUGCAGACUGUACCCCAGCCAGUCCCACAGACAUUGCCUCCUGCAGUUCCUCAUGCAGUACCUCAGCCAACAGCAGCAAUUCCUGCUUUUCCACCAGUCAUGGUACCUCCGUUUCGUGUUCCCCUUCCUGGCAUGCCUAUUCCACUACCAGGUGUAGCAAUGAUGCAAAUAGUCAGCUGCCCGUAUGUAAAGACAGUCGCUACCACCAAGACCGGUGUCUUGCCAGGAAUGGCUCCUCCUAUUGUACCUAUGAUCCAUCCUCAGGUUGCUAUUGCCGCUUCACCUGCUACAUUGGCUGGAGCAACAGCAGUCUCUGAAUGGACUGAGUACAAAACAGCAGAUGGGAAAACUUACUACUAUAACAAUAGGACGUUGGAAUCAACAUGGGAGAAGCCUCAAGAACUGAAGGAAAAAGAUAAAGUAGAAGAGAAGAUGAAAGAAAACAUUAAGGAACCUCCUGAGGACCCUUUGCCUAUGGAAACAGAAGAAGAGGAACCCAAAAUUGAACCUAUCAAGGAGCUUAUAAAAGAGGAGCCAAAAGAAGAAGAAAUGACUGAAGAGGAAAAGGCAGCUCAGAAAGCAAAACCUGUAGCUACUACCCCCAUUCCUGGUACUCCAUGGUGUGUAGUAUGGACUGGCGAUGAGCGUGUUUUUUUUUAUAACCCUACUACUCGACUGUCUAUGUGGGAUCGGCCAGAUGACUUAAUAGGCAGAGCAGAUGUGGACAAAAUUAUUCAGGAGCCACCGCACAAAAAAGGAAUGGAUGAAGGGAAGAAGCAAAUAAAAGAAGAACAUGAAAUGCUAGAAGAUACCAAUGAUGAUGAGCCAAUUAAAGCUAAGAAGCGGAAGAAAGAAGAUAACAAAGAUAUUGAUUCUGAAAAGGAGGCUGCCAUGGAGGCUGAAAUUAAAGCAGCUCGAGAGAGAGCCAUUGUUCCUCUGGAGGCUCGAAUGAAACAAUUCAAGGACAUGCUGUUAGAGAGAGGGGUUUCUGCCUUUUCUACUUGGGAGAAGGAGUUACACAAGAUUGUUUUUGAUCCACGGUACCUAUUACUUAAUCCUAAAGAAAGGAAACAGGUGUUUGAUCAGUAUGUCAAAACGAGAGCAGAAGAAGAACGUAAAGAAAAGAAAAACAAAAUAAUGCAGGCCAAGGAAGAUUUCAAGAAAAUGAUGGAAGAAGCGAAGAUUAAUCCCAGAACUACUUUUAGUGAAUUUGCAGCCAAGCAUGCUAAAGACUCGCGUUUCAAAGCAAUUGAAAAAAUGAAAGACCGAGAGGCCUUGUUUAAUGAGUUUAUCACAGCAGCAAGAAAGAAGGAAAAAGAAGAUUCGAAGACCAGAGGAGAGAAGAUCAAAAUGGACUUCUUUGAACUGUUAUCUAAUCACCACUUGGACAGUCAGUCUCGCUGGAGCAAAGUGAAAGACAAAGUAGAGACUGACCCACGCUACAAAGCUGUGGAUAGCUCUUCACAAAGGGAAGAUCUUUUUAAGCAGUACAUCGAAAAAAUAGCCAAAAAUGUAGAUUCUGAAAAAGAAAAGGAGAUGGAAAGACAAGCUCGGAUUGAGGCAAGCUUGCGUGAGCGCGAGAGGGAGGUUCAGAAAGCUCGUUCUGAACAGACGAAAGAGAUUGAUAGAGAACGAGAACAGCACAAGCGAGAUGAGGCCAUUCAGAACUUCAAAGCUCUGCUGUCUGAUAUGGUGCGAUCUUCAGAUGUGUCAUGGUCAGAUACCAGAAGGACACUUCGAAAAGAUCAUCGAUGGGAAUCUGGCUCUCUGCUGGAAAGAGAAGAGAAGGAAAAACUGUUUAACGAACAUAUAGAGGCCCUUACAAAGAAAAAGAAAGAGCAUUUUCGGCAACUUCUUGAUGAAACUUCAUCAAUUACAUUAACAUCAACAUGGAAAGAAGUAAAGAAAAUAAUUAAAGAAGAUCCAAGAUGCAUUAAAUUCUCCUCCAGUGAUAGGAAAAAGCAAAGAGAGUUUGAAGAGUACAUCAGAGACAAAUAUAUUACAGCCAAAGCAGAUUUCAGAACACUUUUGAAAGAGACCAAAUUUAUAACAUAUAGAUCCAAAAAAUUGAUCCAGGAAUCUGACCAACACCUGAAGGAUAUAGAGAAAAUAUUACAGAAUGACAAACGUUAUCUGGUACUUGACUGUGUGCCAGAGGAAAGACGCAAACUUAUUGUGUCUUAUGUAGAUGACUUAGAUCGCAGAGGUCCCCCUCCACCUCCCACAGCUUCAGAGCCUACAAGACGAACAACAAAAUAAUUACAAAGUACUCCUGAACAAUAUUUGUUAAGUCAAGAAGAUUGCAUGAGCCAUCUGUCAGGUUUAAUCAUAUACAUUACCGUGAACUAUUGCAAAACCAUCCAAGGAGCAAAGAAGCAACAUUUGUGAACAUAAAGCAGUCUCUGUGCAGAGAGAACAUUUGCAUUAUUGAUGCCUUUUCUCUUUGUUGCAUGACUGACAAAUAUUAACCAUGCAGCUAUUUCCAGUAAUUUUUAGAUCCUAGAACAAUGCAAUAUCUGUGUACAAGGUGUAGAUGUUGGUAGCAUUUGGAAACAUUUUUCUCAGCAGUGUUACAUGUGAAAGCCUUGGAAUGAUGAUAGUUGUGGUCUGAAGUUAAGAACUACAAAAAUACUACAGAUGUCCUUAAUGGGAGGUCCAAGGUCAGGCACUCUGAUGAUUGAAUUAUUGACUGCUGAAGACCACAUUAAGAUUAUGCCCCUUCAUGAACCUGAAAAUAUAGGGCCUGAUUCUCUACCCAUGCAUGGCCUUUCCUGUAUAAAUCAGGACUCACUCCACAAAUGUCAGGUCCAGCAUGAAAGGAGAAUGAACCUUGCAGUGACCAAAUUGAUAAACACCAUUUGAUCUUGUUCACAGGCCUGCUUUGAUUCCCCCUUUUCUCCCUCCUCCCUAGUAGGCACAAUCAAGUUGCUUUGUCCAGUAGUCUGGUAAUGUUUUUUGCUGUAAAUUGGAAAUGCACAGGAAAAAAAAACUUUCCCCAUAGUACGGUUGUACAAAACCACUUUUAUUUACCAUAAAGUGAUCUCUAUCCAUCUCUGGAUUAGACUAAGAAUUUCCCUACAGGGUGUUUCUUGUAAACUAUAUUCCUGUUUUGAAUGUUAAACUUGUAUUUCUAAAGUUUAAUUUUGAGAUGUUGGGAUUGUUCAGUUUACGUAUUUGAGCGACAAUAAACCAGCCCUUUUUAUAUAUGGA